GUCUAGUCCAAUUAUGAUGGCGUCUUCCUCGUUAUCUCACCAACAAAGUGUGGAAUCUGAGCCUUUCAGUGAAUUUGAAGGGGAGGGAUUCGCUGUAUGUAGAAAAGGAUAUGAUGCAUUCAUCAACCAUAGGGGCCCUGACGUCAAACAAUCUGUGGCUUCAGAAAUUUACAGUUUUUUGCAGCGUAUGGGAUAUCGAGCAUUUCUUGAUGAGCCCGAGUUGAAACUGGGAGAUCCCAUUCCCUCUAACAUACAAAAUGCCAUAACCACUUCCAUUGUUCAACUCUGCAUCUUCUCGCCAAGAUACGCCGAGUCCCACUGGUGUUUAGAUGAGCUGCUUCUCAUGUUGAAAACCAAGGCUCGCUUUAUUCCUGUAUUUUGUGAUGUAAGGCCUUCUGACCUUCGCCACCCUCACAAGGGAGUUUAUGCACCUGCUUUCGCUGAAUAUGAGGAAAAGGGGAGAUUCAGCAAUGAGAGGCUUCAACAGUGGAAGGAAGCCCUUCACUCUUCGUCACUCUUCUGCGGCUACAAUUUCAGCACCUCUAAUGAUAAUGUCAAGACCCUGUGUAAAGACAUUGCCUUGGCUGUGAAACAAGAGGUUGAAAACACAAGAUGUAUGGAAGUUGCAAAAUAUCCUGUAGGACUUGAUGAACUGGUGGAGGAUUUUGAAAGGCAGACUACAGAGAAAGGAAAUAUUGUUGGAAUCUUUGCGAUGGGGGGUUCUGGAAAAACAACCCUAGCCAAAGAAUUGUUUAACCGCAAAAGACGGAGUUACCAUGGAUCAAGUUUUGUUUUUGAUGUCAGAGAAGCAUCUGCUAAAGAUGAAUUAACUUGUCUGCAAAGUCAGCUACUCAAAGACCUCUUCCUUGAAGAUCACAAAUUUAUGAGUAAAAAUGAAGGGUCAUCCCAUCUUAAGGGGCGAAUGGGGAGAUCUAGUAAUCAAUUCCUUAUUGUUCUGGAUGAUGUUGAUGACCGGCAGCAGCUAGAUGCUCUCUUGUUCAGAGAUGCACUCAAUUCUGCUAGUCUGGUCAUUGUCACAACUCGUGACGAGAGUGUGUUAACAAAAGCCGGAAUUACUAGUCAUUUUAAAUUGAAAGAAAUGAAGAAAUGUCAUGCAAAAGAGCUCUUCUGUAGGCAUGCCUUAGGGCAGGCAAAACCGCCCGGUAGAUAUGAGAAGUUAGUUGAUAGCUUUGUAGAUUUCUGUGGAGGAUUGCCUCUGGCCAUAGAAGUAUCUGCAGCCAAUCUUUUUGGCACUGCUGAUGUCAAUACAUGGCAGUCAGAAUUGCAGAAAUUUAAAAGUAGUCUGAAUCUGGAAAUAAAGGCUAAACUUGGAAUAAGUUUGGGCAGGCUAGACCGAGAACAAAAACAAAUUUUUAUGGACAUUGCAUGUUUUUUCAUUGGCAAACGGGUGAGCAUGGGCAUAAGGAUAUGGAAGGGAUCAGGAUGGAACGCAGAGCACACAAUUCAGACUCUCAAAGAUAAAUGUCUUCUUGAAAUAAGAAAGAAACCCACGUGGGUUGUUGGGAACCGUAGGUGUGAGUUUCAGUAUGAUGGUCCCUUUGUUUUUAAAAUGCAUGAUCUCCUUCGAGAUCUAGGCAGAGAAAUGGCAAGAGAGAUGGAUGUGCAGACCUCUUCCCGUCGACUGUGGCGCCCUCAAGACCUUAAACUUUUGGAAGAGAAGGGAUUAAAAAAUAUCCUCACUAAAAGCAAAGACAAGAAAAUUAGGUGUUUCAAUUCAGUUUUUGAUUUGUCCAUGAAAUCCCAAAUUACAUAUUUCUUGGGAAACUCAGAUGAACGUGAUCUGCCGAUGACUGAUUUGCUGUGGAUUGAGCUUCGACUGAAUGAGCAUGAAUGGACAAGCAUCCCUUCAUGGAUUCCUCUUGAAAACUUGCAGUGUUUAAGAAUCAUCGGAGGACAUCUCCAGAGAUUGUGGCAGAAAGUUGGCCAGGGCCCUUCCCAGUUGAAAGAGCUUCUGCUAUAUCGAACCUCGUCCGCAGAGUUUCCAUUUGAACUAAGAAUGCUCAAUAAUUUGGAAAAAGUAGUCAUACAAGGUAGCUUCACUAAUAUGCCCAUCAUCGAUGGGAGAUCCUUAUCAGAUUCGCUUGGAGAACUCGGUAAUCUUAGAAUAUUGGUUUUAGGUAAUUGCGAAUUACAUGCGGACCUGAUUUUGAGCAAUAGUGGGUAUCCAGAGAGUGAGUGUACCAGUACAGCCAUAUGCACAAAGCUUAAAAGGGUAGGCAUUCAAGAUGGAAAUUUGGCAUCCAAGGUCUCAGUUAGUGGAGAAUAUUGGCCCAGCCUUAAAUAUCUUGUCCUUGAUUCCGUGAAAAAUUUAAGUGCAGUACAUUUAUGGCUAGCAAAACCAUUGGAUCGUCUAAAGUUAAAAAAUUGUAAACAAUUGAAAAGUGUAUCAGGGGACUUGGACAAAGGAAAGCUCACACAAUUGAUCAUAAGUAAUUGCUCACGGCUUCAAGAGUUACCAACACAACUUGCGAGUGACUUGAGCUCCGUUGAAGUUGAUUGUUUUAUACCCUUCAAUGGAAAUAAAGAUUUGAAAGGAAUAGAAUAUCUCCAUCUUUCAAAUGGAAAAGUCAAGAAAUACAAGACUUAUUGUACAAAGCUAUCAAAGAUAAUCAACAUGCCAUCCUCAUGAUGCCCACACUUUCAAGCUUAUUAUAGUAGUAAUAGUUUUAGCAUAAAUAAGGAAGAGUGUUGGAUAAACUGUUGUAGACUAUUGAAGUCUUGUGCAGACAUAUCGAUGAGGUUAAGUGAUGUCUUCUUAAUAGCAA